GUUCCAACCCCGCCCGCCCCCACCCGGGCUCUCUAGUCCCAUUUCCUGGGCUCAGGCCGACCACGCGGAGAGUUUCUGCGCUUCCUAGCACUCAGAGAGGCUGUGUGAUCUGAGGGCAGCCGCGGGCGCAUGGAGGGGACCUCGCAGGGGGUGGCGCCCGCCGCGGCGCUGGCCGCCGUGCUCAAGCACAGCUCGGCCUUGCCUCCCGAGAGCGCCAAGGUGCAAGGUUACGACUUCAACCGCGGCGUAGAUUACCAGGCACUUCUGGAGGCCUUCGGCACCACCGGCUUCCAGGCUACCAACUUUGGACGCGCGGUGCAGCAAGUCAACGCCAUGAUUGAGAAGAAGCUGGAGCCGCUACCAGAAGAUGAAGACCAUCACGAAGAUCUGACGCAGAGCCGCCGCCCACUCACUGGCUGCACCAUUUUCUUAGGCUACACAUCCAAUCUCAUCAGUUCGGGCAUCCGGGAGACCAUUCGCUACCUCGUGCAGCACAACAUGGUGGAUGUGUUGGUGACGACUGCUGGAGGCGUGGAAGAAGAUAUCAUCAAGUGCCUGGCACCCACUUACCUUGGCGAGUUCAGCCUCAGUGGGAAGGAGCUCCGGGAGAAUGGUAUCAACAGGAUUGGGAACCUGCUGGUGCCCAACGAUAAUUAUUGCAAGUUUGAGGACUGGCUCAUGCCCAUUCUGGACCAGAUGGUGCUGGAACAGAACACAGAGGGUGUGAAGUGGACACCGUCCAAGAUGAUCUCCCGACUUGGAAAGGAGAUCAACAACCCAGAGUCUGUGUAUUAUUGGGCUUAUAAGAACCACAUUCCUGUGCUGAGCCCUGCGCUCACAGAUGGCUCAUUGGGUGACAUGAUCUUCUUCCAUUCCUACAAAAACCCAGGCUUAGUUUUGGACAUCGUUGAAGACCUACGACUCAUCAACAUGCAGGCCAUUUUCGCCAAGCGCUCCGGAAUGAUCAUCCUGGGUGGAGGUAUGGUCAAGCACCACAUCGCCAAUGCUAACCUCAUGCGGAAUGGGGCUGACUAUGCUGUCUAUAUCAACACAGCCCAGGAGUUUGAUGGUUCAGACUCAGGAGCCCGGCCAGACGAGGCUGUCUCUUGGGGCAAGAUCCGGAUGGAUGCUCAGCCAGUAAAGGUCUAUGCUGAUGCUUCUCUGGUCUUCCCCCUGCUGGUCGCUAAGACAUUUGCCCAAAAGGCAGAUGCCUUCAUAACUGAGAAGAAUGAGGACUAAGAAGAUUGGUGAAGAUUGGGGGUAUUUGCUAUUCCUUUAUUUAUUAACUUUAUAAACCAGCCCCUCCCUGAGCCCACCCACUCCUUGAUCAGCAGCAUCUCCAGAAUAAACAGUCUUUGUUAGGUCUUGUGA